UCAGUCUGGAAUAUAACUGCUUUUAACCGUUUCCCAAAUUCCAAUCCAGAAUAUCUGUCAUGGUUCUGGAAUUCGAUUCUCCUCUUUUCUUGUUCUGGAAAAAGAGAGAAAAAAGCGAAAAAAUUUUUCCUCAGCAAAAACCAGCCCAACAAGCUUCCACCCUCCACCUUUUUUCUUACUCUUGAGAUCACCUCAAUCAAGUUGCCCAACCACCUUUAAGCCCAAAUUCCCAUCCCCAAUUCUUCCUCUCCUUUCUCCCCCAAUCCCAUUUCCCCUCACAUGUUAAAGCUGAACAGAGGGAGAGACCAGUGGUGGAGUCAAGCCCCACACCGGCGUCUUCAGACCCAGAAACGAGAUCAAAGACAACCUGGUGAUUGUUCUUGUUCACCCGUCUUCAAUCUUGGGUGGGUGUCAGCCUUUCCUAAAAGUGGCUGGAAGGGUACAGGGCUGUGACCUUUGACAUGCGUGGGAGGGUUUGCAGAAACCAUUAUGUGAUUGCUGUCUGUAAGUGGGCCAACAGGAAUAUUUAGUUUCUGUGCAAAUAAUAGAAUAGUUGUUUUGGGCACUAAUUGGAUUGGAUUGUUGGUGGGUUCUUCAGCAGAUCUAUGAAAUGAGUGUUGGGUUGCUGUAGUUAUAAAUCUAUCCAAGAGGAGAACUCUAAAAAGGAGAGGAGAGCAGAAAUGGUGGGAAGCAAUGGUUUUGGGGACAAUUGGAUCAUCCUUUUGUUGGUGCACCAAUUGCAGGUUCUGCAGUUGACGAAAUUGUGGAAGUUGUGGGCUAUGUAAAUCUGGGGUACCCUUUUGGCAUGACAGCCUCAAUUCUUUUCAGGCACCACCACAAGGAAUUAGACACUUUGAUUCAUAUUCCGUGCAGCCCUGUUACAUCACAGUGAAAAAACCAGAUUCCAAUAAAUGUUGCAAUAUCUGGUACAGGAUUCUAAUUACGUCUUGAUCCAACAGGAACAGAAGAUAUAGCCAUGUUCUGUACUCUGCUCAGAUGUUCUUGAUGGAACAAGAGGGUAGCAAAAUCUUAUGA